AUGUCCGAUUCGGAAUAUAGUGAAUCCUUUGCCGGAGGAGGUGUUGCUGGUGGCCAGGAUGACAAUGAACGAAGGCAGCGGCAUCAAAUGCUAAUGCAACAACAUCAACAACAAAUGCAACAGCAACACAAUCUCGUCUAUGGCAACAAUUUUGAAAUGGAAUCCAGCAGCAGUAGUUCAGCCGGAGAUUCCAGUGUCUCAUCAACAUCCUCCGAUGAUGACUCAGAUGAAGAAAAUGAAUCCGAUGAUUCGUUAGAAUUGGCAAAAAUUACAAAUGAGGUAUUGAGUUUGCCGCGAGGUCUUUGUGAAAAUCCUGCCAUUUUCCAAGAAUUUUUCUCCGUGGAAACUUGGCAGUCCCUGCCACCACAUAUGCAAAAUCAUCUUCAACAAUUCCUGCCCAAUUUCCAUAAAGUUCUACCACCCCAAAUGGCAGCUGUUGAACAGGCCCGAUCCAUUUCCAUGUUAUUUAGUGGAGAACUGACCGCAUUUGGCCAAUCGCCUAUGGCUAAUUUACAAAAACAUUUAGAGGCUGGCAACUAUCGUCCGGAUAUAAAAAAGCUACGAGAAAAUAUAAAAAAAUCCCAAAGGCGGGAAAGUAAAUUUCAAAACUGCGAACGUCUAUCGUAUAUGGCCAAACAAUUAUUUGUCUCCCGGCAACGUUUGCUGGAGCAUGCAUAUAAAUCUUUGCCAGAAUCUGUGACCAAAGCUCCCCUGCCCUCUACCUCGGUGUCGAGUAUGCGUCAACCGAAACCCGGACAUUUAUAUCAUGAUAAUAAGCUGUCGGCGAUUAGAGCCCGCAAACGUUUCUACAAUGAAAUCUCACAAAUCGCCACAGAAUUGCAACUCCAAGACGAUUUUGUACUUAGUGCCGAUGAAGAGAACGAUAUGGAUAAUAAUCUUAAUGAGGAAUGGCGUAAAGAUUUGAUACAACAACAGCGGUCGCUGGAAGAAAAUGCCGAACCGCCUAAGGCGAAUAUUGCAUUGGCAGAGCGAUGUGUAUACAGUACGGUAUUUCGAAAACGUUCCGAGCUAGAUGAUGAGGAUGCGUUCCGUUUGCAACAGCGAUCCCGUCAAUCGAGGCUAACAAAUCGUAAUUUUAAAGAAUAUUUAAGGGAACACAAGCGAAGAAAGCUAACGGAACCGACAUUACCCGAAUUGGAAACCUCCGAUAUACGGCUAAGAGAUGUUUGUGCCCGUGCCCAGAUUGGUGGCAAUUUCAAACGUGUACUGGGAGCAGGGAAACCAGGACGUAAACCAAAAUCAGCCGCCAAUACCAUUCCAUCUAACUCAAAUCAAUUGGGUGCUACUGAGAAAACGGAGAGCUCAUUGGAAAUAAAUAGCAAGCCACUGCCCUCCUCAUUGCCCGCAACACCAAAUAAUGCAGCCAACAUGAACCAAACACAACCACAACCACCUACAUCAACACCCCCAACAUUAUCAUCAUCACAAAUUGCAACAAAACUUAGUGAACCACCUGCCCUUGUACCCAUUCAACAGACUAUUACAAAGAAAAAUGUGGAAAUAUUUCAGAAUUCGGGCGGCAAUAUGCCAACAGUAUCACCAACUAAAACAGCAACAACCAUACAACAUUAUCACCAACAACAACAGCAGCAACAACAACUGGAAUCACCCUCCGCAUUCACAAAGACCAGCAACAAUCAUCAUUUACAUAAUACCACCAAUGAUUCACUGAAUAUGUCCUCAUUUAUGUCGGGACACAGUGAUAAUUUAAAUCUGUGCAUGGAUGAUACAUCAAUAUUGGCCACCAGUGAUCAUGAUGCCUUUAAUAUGUUAGAUAAUGAGGUGGAAUUGCAACAGGAAGAGGUCGAAACAUUUGCUGGUACCUCCGCUGGAGAUGAUAACCUUAGCAACUUUGUUAUCGGCGAUGAUAUUGUUUUGGGUGGCCACGGAAAUGGUACUUCAUCGAUGUUACAAAGUUCUCAUUCACAUAAAAAUGGCAAUCGACAACAACAACAGCAACAACCAUUACCAAAAUUGGAACCAAUUUCGAUUAAACCCACAAUCAAAUCUCUAAACAAUCAACAAAAAUCCCUAUCAUCCCCAUCACCAGGGUCACAACAACAAAUGACAAAUGUGUUAUGUUCCAGUGAAUUAAUCCAGGAGACCCAUGCCUCAUAUUUCUCAUUGAUACGUGACUUUUUCUGUUCCACACCAAAUCAUCGUAUGCGUUAUGAUGAUCUAAAAUCAAAAAUCGAUAUAUGGUUAAGAAAUCCCAUAACUGCCCUUAACGAAUGGUAUGCCCAUGCCGAAAAUUGGUCGAAUUUGCUAAGUUCUGCCAUCAACUUUUUGGUUGGUGAUUUUCCCGACUUACCCGAGGAAUAUGUACCCUAUAUAGAACAUAAAAUACAGCUGAAUAUCUAUCAAUGGAUAGGGGCGGGGCGUGAUUCCGAUAAUCGUCUCACCGAACUAUGUAAUGUUUGGAUGGAGAAGCGGAAACAUCCGCAGGAAAAACAAAAGUCCAUCGAAGGCAAAUUGGAAGUGUUGCCCAAAUCGGUUGUGGAAAGUGAUGAGACAACAGCAGAAGCUGCAGCAAUGAUACCACCACCGCCGCCACCAAGAUUUCCCACAACAUGGACAGUGCGGCCAGCAACUGCGGAAGAAAUUCUUGAAUUUCAACGGCAGGAAAGGGAACGUUUUGAGCAACCACACAAAGCCUACACUUAUUAUAUGCAUGGCUAUGAGAGUGUCGUGGGUCCCGUCAAAGGGAUUUACACCCCAAUGUUGGCCUUGGCAAAGGCCCGAGGCCACAGUAUGAUGGUGGGCGAUAGACCAAAUUUUGUUACCAUACUUACCCUGGUGCGAGAUGCCACAGCUCGACUACCUAAUGGAGAGGGUACACGAGCCGAUAUUUCCGAACUCUUAAAAUGUUCACAAUACAUAAACCCCGAUGCAGCGGAGAAUGUGUUACAAACCAUUGUCAGCGGUGCUUUGGAUCGGAUGCAUACCGAACAUGAUCCCUGUGUACGAUACGAUCCUAAAAGGAAAAUAUGGAUUUAUUUACAUCGUAAUCGCACGGAAGAGGAAUUUGAGAGGAUACAUCAGCAGAAUCAGAGUAUGGGUAAGGUCAAGAAAUUGCAACAACGUAAACCAAGGCCAGUGGUGGCGACGGCACAAGGCACCAAAUUAAAUAGUCCCGAACAAGAAACAGCGGAAAUAAAUGGUGGAGGCAGUGGAGGUGGUGGAACGUUAUUAACAUUGCCCGCCUUGGUACCGGCCAAUCCCAUUAUUGUUAGCAACCAUAGCAGCAAUCCUCCAAGGCAGCCAACAGCUUCGUUAACAGCACAACAAAAACAUUUACAACAACAGCAACAAAUUCAGCUCAGCAA